AUGAUGUCCCGCAGUUCAUCCACGGAAGCCAUACCAAGGACUAAUCGCCGCCGUGCCACGAGCUAUUUGUAUCUCGCCCCGCGACCGGUUUAUGUGUCCACUUCCCUCAUCGACAACCAACGAGAACAUCCGCCUCGCCAGAGCCUAUUCUCCGCAUUCUCCGACGAGCAGUCGCCUUACCUCCAGAAUCACCCCUUGGCGCCAUCAGAGUUCGAGACAGUGUUCUCAUCCAUCUUUUCCUCUGCCCCACCGCGCCCAACCUCGCUGCCCCCUCUUGGGCCUCACUUUUCACCUCCCGAACCAGCUUUGGUCCCCAUUCCAACAGCUACAGCUGCGCCAUCGCAGUCUGAGGCAUCGAACCUUGCUGUUCCCUCUACUACCGCAUCACCCCCUCUCACGCUAGCGCCACCUCCGUCAUCAACCACCUCGAUGUCAAUUUCAAGCACCAAGUAUCGCGUCGGCCAGCCGCCAGUUCGACCACUACCCUUGGAGAACGCGUACGAUGUGGCUGGUGUGUGCAGUCCGGAUGAACUUGACAAGCUGUACGAGAGGGUGGCCGACAUUUUGGCUUCUCACGAGAUAAAGAGGCCCGAGCUCAGAGAGCCAACAGGCCCGUGGGACUCGGAUGACGGUUCCGACGAUUUCAUUUGUCUGGUGUACCGUUCCGUCCCUGGCGUGCCCGAUUCUGACCGCUUGACAUUACUGAUCACCGCGGAAUGGACGGACUCAUCGGCAACGAACUGGAAGCUCGCUGUACAAGACAUCAGGCCCUUCGUGGUCAGCCGCCUAGGCCAACAGGUACACGUGGAAAUGAUAGCCACCUACCUCACCACUCCUCGAGAAAUCGGACCUCUCGGUCAUCACCCUCUCAUUCAAGACAACUGGGAUGCCAUAUGUGGCAAAAUCCAAAAAGUUCUUCAGAGCCACCCAGCAUCGCGAGACAAUGUGACCCUGGUUACAGUUUUCCGGAUGGGUUAUCACAAAAAAAUCGAAGAUAACCCCGUCACGGUGUACGUCUCUGUAACCCACGACUGUCCUGAGGCCAGUUGGCCGCCAAUCAUCGACGGCAUCAACGAGAUCCUCGAACCCUACCCGGUCGAACUUUUCUUCGAACACAAUUACUGGACACCCACCGCCUUCGAGCUCCGCCCCCCUUCCUCGGGCAAAUCGUUUCGCAAGGAGUUUGUUCGUCGACCCUACCAAGAGCGCCCAGAUUUGGGUGCCGACAUUAGCCCGGCCCAGUAUAUUGAGCACGAUGGCCAAAAACAGAACCCAAUGUUGGGAACGCUGGGUUGCUAUGUCGAUUUCAAGACUCGGCAUGGGGAGCAAAAAACCAUGGCGCUGACAGAUUAUCACGUUUGCCGGCCAUGUGUUCCUGGAUACACCCUCGAAGAGACUGCCGACGAGGGCAAGCCAAAUGGCAUGCCCCUUCCAGGGAGCCUCCUUAAGACAUUAGACAGAAGUGGGAUUGAUCCAGAUCAUGCACAUGUUGUAUCAGACAUGGAACACCCGAGCCGGCAGAGGCACAACAUCAAUGUCGCAGGGCUCAAUGCUAGCCUUGAAAAAAAUCCCAAAGGGAGAAUAAGAUCUUUGGUGGAGACGAGGCUGGGCAUUGCCCAAAGAGCAUUUCAUGAGGAUGCAAACAUUCUAGGAAAGGUCUGGGCAGCUUCGGGCUUUGACCAUCGCGGCACUGCGGACGACUCUUUUGUCGAAUGGGCUCUGAUUGAAGUCCAACCAAAUCGCCGAGGAAGCAACCGACUCCCUGGCUUAUCUGCCUGGGAGAGUCUGUAUGAAUUUGUGGACUGGCCUGAUGAGGAGGAGGGUAUGGGUAGUUUGAAAAUGUACCGUCAUGACACUACCCUCGGUACACUCGAACCCGGCACAAAAGUGUUCAAGUACGGAGCCGCCACCGGACUGACGGUUGGUCACUACCAACAGCUGAGGUCUGUCGUCGGUCCUUCCAUGCUGAACGCCAACCCAUCACGUGCAACCACAAUGGCAUAUUUAGUCGAGCGCGUCGGUGAUCGUCAGUUUUCUGGCCCGGGAGACUCUGGAGCGGUAGUGUAUGACCAGGAAGGACAUGCUUUGGGUUUGGUGUAUAGAAGAUUCCGCCCCAGUGUGACUACCCUGAAACAGGGAGACUACUUCACUUGGGUCAUCGCCAUGGACCAGAUUUUUGAGGAUAUCGAGAGAUUCUGCGGAGUUACUGACCUCCGAAUUUCACCGCCAGUUGGCUCGCCGCCUAACUGA